AAUAGGGGGCGCUGCGCAUCGCUCCACAUGUAGUGACCUCUCUGUUCUACCACCAUUUCGCCUGGAAAGUCCAGAAAAACAUCAUGUUUCUGACUUUAGCGCGCUACGCGAGGAGUCCGCCUCCUGAUAAGUGGUGGAAAAGGAGAUAUGUCUACAACAACACAUGGAGGUUCUGGGGUCGACACAGGAACUGUUACAAGAUCGCCAUCCAGUCCAUGCAGCACGCGUGGCGAGCUGCCAAAAGGGGACGCAGGGAGAAGAAGAGAUUCGUGCGAGGGCUGUGGAUAGAGCGACUCCGUGCAGCAUCAGAAGAACACGGUCUGUCAUACCAACAUCUGGUGGUGGGACUAGACAUGGCUCAGGUGCAGCUAGACAGAAAGGUGUUGUCUCACCUGGCCAUCUAUGAACCCAAGACUUUCAAGUCCAUCGUGGAGAUCGCCAGAAUAUCGUACGGAGAGGGGCUGAUGGCAGCCACGGGGAAACAGCCUGAGGGGGUGUCACUAGGGUCGUGCACUGGGACUAGGGGGUCUUUUAAGGGGGAUCUAUGGAGUUACUGUAAAUGCAGAAAUGUUCGCGGUGGAUUAAUGUUUGCGGUUUUCGCGAUGACCACUUCACCGCGAACUUAAAACCACUGGAAACAUUUUUCUAUUAUAGUAUUAGACUGCAGUCUAUGGUGUAACCGCGAACUUUAAUCCACCGCGAAAAGUCCUUUUUCCCGCAACA